AUGUCUUCCACUUACAGCUCUUACCCGCCCGGCCCCAACACGACCCGCCGGGACCAGCUUGAACAACCCCGCAGUAUCCCAUCGCAAGAUCCCUCUCAGUUCUUGAACCCUCUAUCGCCGCAGCUCGGUAGCAACUUGUCGUCGCCAGGGUUGAACGCCCACACACCCGCCGACUCGGUGUCCACCCUCAGCGUCCACUAUCAGUCUAGCGAGUUCAGCGAGUCUGAGGAUCCCUUUUUCGGUGCCAUCGACUUUAGCAACUUUGUCGAUACCGCCUCCCCGUCCUUCCUCAACGACGAAAACGUCCCGUUUGACGGUAACGGACCUCAACCCACCGACAGCCUCGGUGCGCAUGCCGUACCCCCCAACGCACAGCAGCAUGUACAGUUCACCGCAUCCUACUUGCCCUUGAGUCCCGACAAGAGCCCCCCAAUGCCAGGGGUGUCAUCGAACGAGCAGUUCAAAGACGAGGCGCCUUCACCACGUGGCGGAUUCCCGGACUUUCCCAGGGCGGUUGUCGUGCCUCAGGAUUUGUCGCUGGCCCACACCUCCUCUGCGGUCUUUGACGUCAAACAGCCCGGCUUCGAGCUGACGCCACAAACCAGCCACGGAACCGAGUCCAGUGACGACGGCGGCGUCGCCCCCACUGCGGCCAUGAAGAGCCCGCAAGUUACUGUCUCGCAUUGGGAUAGCGAUUACAUCGGCGCCUUCGAUGCCCAAGGGACCCAGGAUCAUCACAACAGUUCUACAUCCCUUUCUACCGCACGUGGUCCCGACGGUCAGGGUGGCGGUUGGGCUCCCGAUGCCCGCUCCUCUCAGGAGGUCGAUAGCGUCAACAACCAAGCUGCCCAGCGUGACCUAGAAGAGCGCAACCAGGAAGUUGCCGCUUGGCGGAAUAGGUCGGCGUCCGUAUCGCUCCCGCUCUCCAGAGACACGGAUCAUCCCGAUGAGCAUCCUGUCGCGGCCCCGGAUGAUGGCGACGAUAACAUAUCUCCACGAGAGAUUUCCGGCGGCGAACGGACUGAAAACAAGUUUGUGCCGGGACGGACAUACUACACCGAGACGGGCGGCGCUCCAACAGCCGAUGACCUCGAGAUUAUGCGGCAGGGACAUGUUUGGCAGGACGCGCCCACGCCCUUUUCCAUCUCCAAGCCGUCUUCUCGUCACCAACCGGGGUCCUCUGCGGAUGCCAUGGCUAAAUACCAACAGAUGUGCCGGGACACCGAUUCCGUCGUGUCGAGAACGGCGACGUGGGGAACACGGCGAACUAGCUGGCCGGGCGCGAUAGACGCUGAGGUCGCGGUCACCGGAAACCUGUUCAAAAGGCUCGCCCUUAACAACAACAAAGGGGACCCGAGGCGGCCGAGCAUUUUUGGGGAAGUCCGCAGUCGCGUCGUCAGGAAACUGAGUGUGAACGGCGGAAAACGGAAAACCCACGACUCGGACGAUGCCAGCUCCUUCAUGACCCAGUCUUCGACGGAGAAGGCCCAGGGCCGGCUCGCACCUCCGAGUCCUAGCCUAGGAUGGGCCAAGAAGCAGAGCGUGCCCACCAUCAACACGGCGUUCGCCGACGUCGGAAGCAAGUUUGCUUCCAUUGCGUCAAGCCAUGCCCGCGCCGGCUCGGUCAGCGCGACACCCAUUACGUCCCCCAAGAGCCCAGCCGGCCUCGGGCUGAUGGUAAGGAACACGCUUGGUCGGUCGAGGAGCAAGUCGGAAACGGGGUCUUCCCUUACUACCAUCGCUACGUUGUGGAGGAAGACGGGUGGGCCACCGGUACCGAACACGAAAGCCUCAAACGCAACCCCAAAUCUAACCCCUAACGCGAACGCGAUGGAAGGGGAUGGGGACGAGGAAGAAGAAGACGACCAGUACGAGGACAACGACAUGAAGGGCGAGUCCGACAAGCUCAUUGACGGCAUUACACCCGAUAUUAAGGGAUUCAAGCAGCAUAUACUAAAACUAAACCCUCUCUUAUCCCAAAACCCCGUCCUGACGGAGCGGCUCGCUUAUCUCCAGUCCAUGCGCUACAAGCAACUCCUGAACCAUAGAGUGAAGCAUCUGCAGGCCGUCGCGGCCAAGAACUGCGCCUGCGGCUCCCGGUGUAUUGCAUUGGGCGGCAAUGCCAGCGCACUGAACGCAAAAGGCGGCCAGCGAGCCGUCGACCCCCAUUCGGCGGGAUACGACGGCUCAGACGGAGACAUUACACCGUUAGAAGGGGCCAUCACACAGCAGAGUUUCCCACAGGACAUCCCCAUGCCACCGACAGCUUCACUCCCUUCCGAGUUUGAGUGCCAGCUGUGUUUCACGACCAAGAAGUUCCAGAAGCCGUCCGACUGGACUAAGCACGUGCACGAGGACGUCGCGCCCUUUGCGUGCACCUGGACGCCCUGCAAGGAGGUCAAGCCGUUCAAGCGGAAAGCCGACUGGGUACGCCAUGAGAACGAAGGGCACCGCCAGCUCGAGUGGUGGGUGUGCGACGUCGAGGAUUGCACGCACCAGUGCUACCGCCGCGACAACUUCCUCCAGCAUCUCGUGCGCGAGCACAAAUUCGUCGAACCCAAGGUCAAGACCAAGGCCGCCAUCAAGCUCAACGGUGGCCACGACGCGACCUGGGCCAAGGUCGAACAGUGCCACCAGGAGACCCCCAAGCAGCCCCAGGACGAACCCUGCCGCUUCUGCGGCAAGACGUUCCCGAGCUGGAAGAAGCUGACGGUCCAUCUGGCCAAGCACAUGGAACACAUCAGCCUGCCGGUCCUCCGGCUCGUCGCCAAGGCCGAGCUCGACGAGGACACCAUCAUCUCCCCGGUGCACGACCCUCCGCCACGGCACUUCCCCCCGGCCUUUGUCACCAGCCCGGACCAACCCCGCUCUGGCGUCGCCGGGACCGCCUUCGGCCCAUCUCCGACUCUCGCCCAUGGGCCUAUGGCCUACUCAGCCCAGCCGCCCCCGCUGGGCAUGUACCCUCAUCCCAUGGGUCUUCCCACGGCACCUCAACCUUAUGCCAACCUCUACAACCCGGGCGGCUUUGACAACCUCGCCCACGACUUUGUUCCGCCCCAAUUACAAAUGAACAUAUCCCCCUUAGGCGCACACCACCCGCAGUUCUCGUCCAUCAACAACCCCUCCGCGCCGGCCGUUUCAGCCUUCUCGGCUGGCGGGCUACCCGUGACGUCCCCCGCGGGGCCAUACAUGUCUGCGGCGCCACUACCUCCGGCGCGGCCGUCAGCUUCGGUAUCUCCUGCGCCAGACCUUGAGCCGUUUCCGUCGCUAGAUAUGGACGCGCUCGGGUUGGGGCUGCCAAAUCCCGGUCCUGAUGCUGCUGUUAUUGGCGGCCAAAUGGGCUAUGGUGUGGGCGGUAAUGCCCCUCAGCAUCAGAUUCCGGGGCAUCACCAGCAUCAAGGACAUCCGCAGCUCGGGCAUCCACAGCAGCAUUAUUCGCCUCAGGGGUCGGUGUCGCCUUAUGGACGGUCGCCGAAUGCACCACAGGGGCCCUUCUAUUAG